GCGCGCGCGCAGAUGAGUUGAGUCUCGCGUGCGCCAUUUUAGCGCGUCUCCAGCCAUCCGGCAAGAUGGCGCUCUCGCUUUGUCUGCUCCGAUCGGCAUAAAACAAAUUUCACAAAAUUCACAUACAUGAAUUUGACCGGAUCGCACAGAAAAACACCCUUCCUAUCGGUGCCAAAUUGGAGACUCCUUAAAGAUCCGCGCGUGACCUGAGCAUAGAGAUCUUGAGGUCAAGUAAACUGAAUACAUUGGUGACUAAACUUCAUGAGUUCUUGGGUCAUUCUCCAGACAUCGAAAGCAUUGAUUCUCAAGACAUUUCCAGUGGUAAAAUGGCAACCAAUGACGUAAAUAUUGCUGAUGAGAAGAUGAACGAGCCUGGUUGCUCCUCCGAAAUUACCAAACCUUCGUCUUCACGCUCAAAGAGAAAACCAUCAUUUGUGACCAAGCACACUGCCUUAGAUGAAUCUGAAUGUGCGAAUGAGAGUGGAGGUGAACCCUGCGCAGAUGACAGCAUGCAGAGCAGUUUGGAUAUUAGCAAGCUGCCACAAGGCACAGUAGUGGUGAAGCCAGAACCAGUUGCUAAUGAAACUAAAGAUGAAUUCCGAGGUCCUGAGUUCCGUAACAAGGGAGGCAAAGCGAAAGAAGAGGGUGCGCGGAAACGUCCUGACGACCAGCUCCAGGAAAUAUUCAAUUGUACAGCAUGUGGACAGCAAGUCAAUCACUUUCAGAAGGAUUCGAUCUUUCAACAUCCAGCACUUCAUGUUCUUAUCUGCAAGUCAUGUUUCAAAUAUUACAUGAGUGAUGAUAUCAGCAAGGAUGAUGAAGGCAUGGAUGAACAGUGCAGAUGGUGUGCAGAAGGUGGUAAUCUGAUGUGCUGCGACUACUGUAGCAAUGCCUUCUGCAAAAAAUGCAUCUUGCGGAACCUUGGACGAAAAGAGCUGUCUGAAAUAAUGAGUGAACAAAGCAAAUGGCACUGCUAUAUUUGCUGCCCAGAGCCACUGCAAGAUCAUGUGAAAACUUGUGAGAAAGUUUUGCUCAAUCUUGAAUCCUCUUCUAGAAAACCUAAGGGAGAACACGACAAGACAAAGCGUGAAGAGCGCAAACACAAGCAUGUGAAACGAGAAAAAACUGCUGUAAAUGGACAGGAUUAUGCCUCUGAUGGAGCAGGAACUCUAACCUUUUCCUGUAAGACAUUGACAGUUCCGAAAGAGCUUGUCAAAAAGACCAAAAAACUAAUUGAGACCACAAAUGGUUUGAAUCGUACUUUUGUACAGUUCCUCCAGCAAACAUCAAAAGGCCAAGAAGCCAGUGCAGUAAGUUACAGACACUUAAAGGCCUUCAAAUCAGUAUUGGCUGAUCUGAAAAAGGCCCAUGCUGCUCUGGAGGAAUCGCUUGAAAAUGAAUUUGAAUCGAAAGGCCUCAAGUUUCAGAACGGAGAGGAGCAACGACCAUCAAACAGUCAAAGUGUGGAAAAUGCAGUCGUCAACUCGAACCAUACCGAGCCCACACCUGUCAAGGAAGAUGACUUGGAUUGCUCCACCAAGAACCAUAAUCCUGUGGGAGAAGAGGAAACCCAGCAGGACAGUAACUUGGCUGAUGUUGAGAUGGAAAGCCCUCCACACUCACCAGAAAAAGCACAGGAGCAAUCUGAAGAAAGGUCUGAAGAGAAAGAGAACGAAGAGAAAGAGAACGGAGAGAAAGAGAAUGAAGCUAAAGAGCAGGAAAUAGCGGACAACUUUGAAGAAGGCUCCGUACCACCUGCUGAAGAAUCUCUUGAUAAAGACAUUGUGUCUAUUCCACCUUCUGUCCCAGAGGAACUCUUCGAGAUGGUAGAGAGUCUUGCAGUAAAGAAAGAAAACAAUGAUGACAACUUGACUGAUUCUAGUGAUAACAAAUCCAACACUGAGGUUGUGGAAUCCAAGAAGAGCCUCACAAAACUGGGUAAAAAACUAGUUGUCAAGCUAACACCCGUUCCUCUUAAAAUUACCAUAAAACGAGAUAAGAGCAGGGAACAGUCACCGUCAGAAGACAUGGAUGGUGAGGCGUUGAAGGAUGGUCAAGAUAGCAGACGCUCUCCGAGGAUGAAGACCACACCUUUGCGCAAGUCACCAGAGGCGAAGAGCAAGCGUAAACUAAAUAUGUCAAAGGCAGAUGAAAAGAGCAGUGACGCUGUCAAGGAACAGAGUGAUUCAGACUCUGAUGAAGUCCCAGAAGUUCUGCAGAGUGCUGCUUUGAAGGACAGCUCCGAUGAGAGUGAACCCGAAAACACUUCUCCCAAGCGUACCAAAAAGCGAAGGUUAUCUUCCCGCUCUACUGCAAAACCGAAGACAAAGCGCAAACUUGAGGAGGGCUCCUCAGAAUCAGAUGAUAGUGAAAAGCCUUCAGCAGCAAAGAAAAGAAGCGCCAAAAAGAAGAAGGGCAAGGAAUCCGAUUCUUCAAACCACAACUCUGAUCUUGAGAAGGAGAUAAAAAAACUGUCCAAGGUUGAUAGUGGGAAAAAAAAAUCCAAAAGCACCAAAAAGGAUGAGGAUGAAGGCAGUAAAGAGGUCAAGAAAGGCCCUAAAAGGUCGUUCGAGCGCAAGCGAAGGUCACAGAGAGAAAAGGCUAAAACCAAGGAAGAGUCUUCCUCCAGUGACGAAGAGGAGGAGGAGGAGAAGCAGGCUGAUAACUCGGGAGAAGACAGUGAUCAGCAGAAGAUUAAACCAAUUCUUGAGUCUGUUAUCGCUAGCAUCGAUGGUUUCCAUCAGUCAUCAGGU